GGAUAACAUUUUGCUUAAAAUUUCACAUAUUUGUUGAAUUAAAACGUACGCUCCGGAAAGCUGGCUUGCUGGUUCGUUGAUAAAAGGACUUUCUACAAGUCGUUUUACGAGUCCACCACUGGUGGGACCGGUGUCGAUCAACGUGUCACACAUCGACCCCCCUCUUCUUAGAGAGGAUAUCAGGGAUUCGCGUAACGUACGUGGUCUCGCUUUCCUCCGAUCUUUAGUGCUAGCGACCUCGUUGCAGUAACUGUUCAAACGAUCGUGCUUAACAUUGGGUUCCCUCGUAAGGACAGCAAGUGAAAGAGUUCGCACACCUGCGAUAACAUGGGAAAGGCUAAAAAGGGCAAGAAGGAAGCGGUUGCUGCCGGAGCAGGUUUAGAGGAUAAUGUCAGCGAUAAUGAAUCCGUACCGCAGACUGAUCUUACGGAAACUGAAGCCGAAAAUCGGAAAAAUGACAAAAAGUCGAAAAAAGAGAAGAAAGCCAAGAAACCGGUUGUAGAUAGCGACGAGGACGAGGAAGAUGAUGUGGCCACGUUGACAGAGACUGUGAAAAAAAUGGCUGUGACGAAAAAGAAGGAUAAACCAUCCACCAAAAAGGAACCACCGGUGGGUAAUGACUCCGAUGAUGAUAAUGAAGGAGGAAAAGCUGGCAAGGGCAAGGAUACGAAGAAAAAGAAAGCCACCAAACCUGAGCCGGCAGGCUUUUCCUUGCUAAUGAUGGAUGAUGAUGAGGACGAACAGGAUGAGCCCGAGGAGGAGCCUGAAGAAGCUUCACGCAAAAAUUCGAUGGAGGAUGAAGUCGCUCCCGAAGAUCCUGGCAAAGGCAAGAAUUCGGUUCAAGCGAAGGAGGAAGAGGAUGCUGGCGGCAAGGGCGGUAAGAAGGGGAAGAAAAAGAAGAAGAAGGUCGAUGACGAUGAUGACGAAAUCGAGCGUAUGUUGGCCGAACUGGACAUGGAGUACUCGGGCAAAGCUCCUGUCGCUACAGCAGUGGCUGAGCAAGACGUGCCUCCUGCGGAGAAGCCGAGUAAGAAAAAGGAUAAAAAAAAGAAAAAGGAUGAACCAAACGCUGUUGAAGCCCCAACGGUUGAAAGCCAGCCGAGGAUUUCACACAAACAGGACACUCAGAAAGAGCAGCAACAAGUUACGUCCCAGGUGGAACCGGUAGCAAACGAGGAAUCCAAAAAAAGCAAAAAGAAGGGAAAAAAGAACGAAGCGUCAUCAGUGAAACCGGAACCGGAAGAAGCUAGUGCAUCUUCGGAAAAAUCCGAAACUAGCGGGAAAAAGGCGGAAGGAGAGGCCCAGAAUGCGGAAGGUCCCGUCGAGACGAAAAAGAAAAAGCCCAAUAAAGCAGCGCUGGCCGUCAUGCAGGAGCGUUUGAAGGCUAUACGCGAGGAAGAGGAACGUUUGCGCAAAGAGGAGGAAGAGAAAAUGAAGCUUGAGGAGCAAGCCGAGGAGUUCCGGUUAGAACAGGUGCGGUUGGAGCAAGAAAAGAAGGAAAAGAAAAAGCAAAAGGAAAAGGAACGCAAGGAACGACUGAAAGCGGAAGGAAAAUUACUCACCGCGAAACAGAAGCAAAACCGCGCACGUGCCCAAGCAAUGCUGGAAGCACUGAAGGCGCAGGGAAUCGGUAUUCCUGAGACGACUGGCGAAAAGCGUGCCCGCCCCGGAACUAGGAUUCGUCCGAAGAAGAAUCAAGAAGCCAACAAGGAACAGUCAGAAUCGAAGGAGUCUACACCGUCCGCGGAGGAGACAAAACCGCAAGAAGGCGAGCAGGUGAAAGAAAAAGAAGUGAAGGAGUCGUGGGACGUAUCGGACAGCGAGGAGGAAGAGGCCGGAAAAGCCGCCAAAACCGGGGAAAACGAAGCCCAAAAAUCCAAUGCAGAACUACGUCAGCAGCAGUCCGUCGAGUCGAAGGAGAGCCGUGAUUCCGACGACGACAGGGAUGAGGACGAUGAUGAGGAAGACGACGACGAUAAUGAUGAUUCUGAAGACGAUGAUAACUCCGGCGACGAUGAUGAUGAAUCUAGUUCAGAAGCAGACGAUCAUCGGGGAGAAGCGGAGAAGCUGCGCCAGCGAGCGCUAGAUCGGAUUGCGAGUCGCACACAGGAAGCGGAAAAGAAAAGGACGCUCGAAAAUUUGCGCGCUUCCGUCGUGUGUGUACUUGGACACGUAGACACGGGCAAGACGAAGAUUUUGGAUAAGCUGCGUCGAACGAACGUACAGGACGGUGAAGCGGGUGGUAUCACGCAACAGAUCGGUGCCACGAACGUACCGGCCGAGAACAUCAAGGAGCAGACGAAAUUCGUGAAGGGUUUCCAGGAGCUGCAGUUCAAGCUACCAGGGUUGUUAAUCAUCGAUACGCCCGGGCACGAGUCGUUCAGCAAUUUACGAUCCCGUGGAUCUUCACUGUGCGACAUCGCCAUCCUGGUCGUGGAUAUUAUGCACGGACUGGAACCACAAACGAUCGAGUCGAUCAAUUUGUUAAAAUCGAAACGCACGCCCUUCGUGGUGGCGCUAAACAAGAUCGAUCGGUUAUACGAUUGGAGCACUAUGCCUCGCAAGGACAUCCGCGACAUUCUGAAGGCGCAGGCAUCCAACACACAGCUGGAGUUCACGCAGCGCACUAAGGAGAUUAUUGUGCAGUUUGCUGAACAGGGUCUCAACGCUGCUUUGUUUUAUGAAAAUCCCGAUCCUAAGACGUACGUUUCUCUCGUUCCGACCAGUGCCAUAACCGGCGAGGGUAUGGGAAAUCUGUUGUUCCUGAUAGUCCAGUUCUGCCAGAAGCAACUGGCCAAGCGACUGAUGUAUUCCGAUGAUUUGCAAGCAACCGUGCUCGAGGUGAAAGCCAUACCUGGUCUGGGUACGACAAUCGAUGCUAUUUUAAUCAACGGAAAGCUGCGUGAAGGCGAUACGAUGAUUUUGGCUGGAACGGAAGGACCCAUCGUGACGCAGAUAAAGGCACUUCUUAUGCCGCAACCAAUGAAGGAGCUGCGUGUAAAGAAUGCGUAUGUAGAGCACAAAGAGAUCAUGGCAGCACAAGGUGUAAAGAUUGCGGCCAAAGAGCUCGAAAAAGCAAUCGCAGGGUUGAAUCUUCAGAUUGCCCACAAACCAGAUGAAGUGGAAAUUUUCAGGGACAUAGUGGCUCGUGAAUUAAAAUCCGCUUUAAAUAGCAUCAAGCUUAGUGAUCGUGGUGUGUACGUGCAAGCAUCGACUCUUGGAUCACUCGAGGCUCUGUUAGAGUUCCUGAAAACGUCGUCAAUUCCAUAUUCGGGCAUUCGUAUUGGACCAGUCGUCAAACGCGAUGUAAUGAAAGCAUCUACUAUGCUGGAGCACGAAAAUCAGUAUGCUACAAUAUUGGCGUUUGAUGUGAAAGUGGAACGAGAUGCCCAGGAGCUGGCCGACAAUCUUGGUGUGAAGAUCUUCCAGGCGGAUAUCAUUUAUCAUCUAUUCGACAAAUUCAUGGCGUACCGAGAGGAAAUCAAGCAACGUAAGCGAGACGAAUUCAAGUCCAUCGCUGUUUUUCCGUGCAAACUUAAGAUUCUACCUCAGUUCGUGUUUAACUCGCGUGACCCGAUCGUUAUGGGGGUGAUUGUAGAAGCCGGUAUUGUCAAGGAAGGCACACCGAUUACUGUGCCUAGUAAAGAGUUUACUGACCUGGGGGUCGUGACGUCGAUCGAAGCUAAUCACAAACAACUCGAAACUGCUCGCAAGGGACAGGAAGUUUGCAUCAAGAUCGAACCUAUUCCAGGCGAGACACCGAAAAUGUUUGGUCGUCAUUUUGACGAUACAGAUAUGCUAGUUAGUAAGAUUUCUCGUCAAAGUAUCGAUGCGUGCAAGGACUACUUCCGAGAUGAUCUUUUAAAAUCCGACUGGACUCUUAUGGUGGAACUGAAGAAGACCUUCCAGAUAUUGUAGUUCGCCAACAGGUGUCUAGUCUUGAGCAGCUUAGUUUUCGUGUGUCAAUUAUGUUUCACUCCCGUUUUCUUUCUCUCCUGCUUCGGUUGUUGAGUUCAUCACAACAAACUGUCAGAGAUUUUUGUGUUUUUUGUUCUGUCUUUUAAGUAUCGCUUUUGUUUUAUUCCAUUGAAUUUUAUCCUGCAUUGCGUUUUUUUACCAGGAACAAAUUUUUAGCUCAAAUUUUACUUUUAAAUUCUUUUAUUGCACUUUCUGUUUGUGUCGUUGACGGCGCUUUUAGCUGGAGCGUGCAAUACCAUCGUGUUGGAAAAAGUCGUACUAAUCUGCAAUAAACUUCAAUUGUCUUGUAAUCGGCACCGAACGUGGUAUGCCAGAAAGGAUGUUCUUUGUUUGCAAGACAACCCGAUGAACCACGAAUA